AAAACAAGACUGACUGGUACAUACUGCGUCAUAAUUCGUUGUGCUGUGAAGGCAACAGUACGAGUUAUACAGUCCGGAAAAAUUUUUUCUGAACGAAGAAAAUUCUAAGAUGGCAAGGUUGAUGUGUCAAACAGCUGUAAGACAACUUCUUCGAGGCAGAGGAACUUCACUCCCACUCUCACGACUGGCAAGCAACGAAGCUGUGUCUUCUUCUACGGAUGAUUUGAAGGUCAGAAGAAGCGACUCUCUUGCGAAACCAUUGAUGCAAAGACAAGGCCAUUUGCUGUCAAAUCCAAGAACUGAAUACAGAACAGUCUACAAGUACCAAGGCAAAAUCAAGGCAGUCAUUUUGGACUGGGCUGGUACAGUUUUGGACUGCGGUGUGUAUGCGCCAGCAGUUGCUUUUGUUGAAGUUUUCAAAAAUGAAGGGGUCCCAAUCACGAUGGAUGAAGCAAGAGAACCCAUGGGUACUUACAAGAAGGUCCAUAUCAGAAAGAUAACACAUCAAGAGUCUGUAAGGCAAAGAUGGUUUGAGAAGUUUGGAAAGUACCCUGAUGAAGAAGAUGUUGAAAGAAUGUUCGAUAACUUUGUUCCUACACAGCUGGCUUGUUUACGUCAGUAUUCAAAAAUGAUUGACGGGGCAGUUGAUACAGUCAAACACAUGCAGAAGAACAUGGGAAUGAAAAUUGGCUCAACUACUGGCUUUACUAAAGACAUGGUUGAUAUUUUGAGAGAAAUUGCCAAAGAAGCUGGGUAUGUUCCAGAUGCCUAUUUUGCUGCAGAUGAAGUUCCCCAGGCAAGACCCUACCCUUAUAUGGUUUGGGCAAACUGCAUCAAGCUUGACGUAAAUCCAAUUCAAGCAGUAGUGAAAGUUGAUGACACUGCUGAUGGUGUUAGAGAAGGCAUUUUAGCUGGAUGUUGGAGUGUAGGACUGGCAAGAACGGGAAACUAUGUGGUGAAUGAAGAGGAGAUUUCAAAAUUGUCUGCUGAAGAUUAUGAAAGAAGGCUUGAAAGGUCUUAUGGCAUCUUGGCUAAUGCUGGGGCCCAUUAUGUUAUUGACACAAUCAAUGAUUUGCCACCAGUUAUUGACGACAUCAACAGGAGGCUUGCUGCUGGUGAAAGCCCAUAAGAUGUAGAUUAUAUGCAUCUAAGGUCAAGCUAUUAACAGUUUGAAUAACUUAUUACCAAAAUGCCAUAAGCAGCGCUAUAUGACCUCUUUUACAAGUUUUUUCAUUGCGCAGCGUUUUAAUUGGUUGUGGAUUUUGUUCUCAAAUUUUAUUUAGUUAGAAUGUAAUUUUUGUAUUUAAGUUUAUCAUUUUGAAGAAUGAUUUGAUAAUUUAGAGGAUUUUGGAUGUUUGAAGGAUUUAAGGUAAGAAAUUGGUAUUAAGAUGAAAAGUAAUCCAAAUGUAAUGAAUUAGGCAUAGUGUUUUAUUUCAAUAUUCUGAGGGGGUGAGGGGGAAUAGUCUAGGCAUAGUGCUUUUUUUGAAAGAAAAAGAUGUCAGUAAAAGCUGAAGAAUAUUGUUAAUAAAAUCAUAAUCAUAUUCAACCAAGGUCAGAAAUUAUAAUUAGCAGAAGCUCUGAACAAGUUUGGCUAUCAUUUAUUGGCAAUACUAUAUACUGAAACGUGGGGAUCAUUCCCCUUUUGCCAUUUGCCUAGCAGAGGCUAAACAUUUAGUAGGACUUAGUAUGGGGCUUGCUCCAAUAUUGUUGUUUCAUUGUGAUUGUAAUGCCUGAAUUUGCCUGAAAUUCAUAACAUUUAUCUGAUUUGGGGGAGGGGGGCAGCACCUUAGAAAGAAUUGGCUUUUGUCUCUUUUUUCUGGCAUUGGUUUACUGUUUGAGGAGUACGUUUUUGAGAACAGAUCAGAUAAUUUUUUUGUUGGGAUGGUCCAUACCAUUUUUCUCCAAGGUAGACUUAUAUUAUUUCCUGAAAUCUAAAUGUUGUAAAUAUUGUUUUUCAAAGCUUUGUGUUCAAUGCUUUUGUUUGUUAGAUAUCUAUAUCAUGUUUUAGAAUUUUUUGGUUUGAAAUUAAACUUGAACUAGAAACGUUUAAUGGAUUUUUCUUGCAUAUUAGCUUUGGCAAAAAAUGUUCUUGUAAUCAGGGAUCACGGAAAACUGUCAGAUUUUUAUAAAUUUGAUAAAUAACUUUACCGUCUACAACUGCAAAGUAUAAAGAGUGCAUCAA